CUGGAGGAUGCAAUCACUGGUGAACAUGGCGAAGUGGCGGAUCUUUUGGUGAAUCUCAAGAGGCUAAGACUUGUGGAUCUUUUUUGGGGUUGGGUUGAGGUAUAUGUUGAGGUGCUCCAGGUGUUUUGGGAACGCACAGAGUUCUUUCGAGCCGUUUCUGGGCGAACCAAGUUUCGGAGUAGCCUUGUUGCUCCCUUUUCCACCACGAUCUCGCCCAGUGUUUAGAAUGAGGAACAACGAGGAUCUUUGGAUUGUCCAUUCCAGGAAGUGCGAUUUUCUCAAUUGAUGUGAAGCCAGCUAUUUGACUCUGCAACUAGCUCCGUAACUGCAGUAGAUUGCGAAAACGAAACAACACAGAAAAACAAUAAAGAUUAAAAAAGAACAACAACUCACAACAACCCAGCCAUUUGGGCUCAAAGUGUGAGCCACCAGACGGCUCCGCCUCAUGUCCAUGUCCCUUUGCUCCGUGCUCUCGCCCAACACCGGACCGCGGAAAACCGGACCGCCCGGACUGCAGCGCCUGGGGCUCUUGCGACAAGCCUCCGGAUGCUUCGAUCCGCGCGCCGUGCCGGAGCUGCUGAGGUUGUUGGAUGACAGCGUGUCGCCCGAUUCCGUCCAGCUGCGUCCCAUCGGUCUCGGCCACUCCGCUUGGCUCCUGGAGCCCAAGGAGGGCGGUCGGUGCGACCGGUGCGGGUGGAUGAUCAAGCAGGUCUCCAGUGUGCGCCGGAAGAAUCUCCCCACGGAGCUUGAGAACUGCGACCAGCUGCUCCAGAAGUUUCCGACUCUUGUGAGUGAUCCAAGCUUGGCCUUUCCUCACAGUUCUGUCGAGCUCCAGAGUGAGACCUAUGAGCACACGAAGGACCUCUUGAUCUCUCGCAUGUGCCCCGGCGUGCAGCUGGGGCGCUAUGUGGCGGACCUGGACCUCCGAAAGCCCCAAGACCAGGAGCAGCUGGAGGCCGUGGCGAUGAAGAUCGGGGAGCUCUUGGCGGAGUUCCAUCUACGCUAUACAGACCCGAUGACAGGGGAACCCACCUACCAUACUGACUUCCAUCCCAGCAAUGUGCUCUAUGAUGCGAAGACGGAGACCUUAAGCAUCAUUGAUCUAGAGGGCAUGGGAUCGCUAGGCAUCACAGAUGAUGUGGAAAAGUUUGAGAGGUUGCUUUGGGGCAUGGCAGGAGAACGCUAUGCCUCUGCCUUCCACUUGAGGUAUACGGCUUUGGCGCCCAAAGUGGCUGCCUCCCGUAGCAGUACCAAGUCAACUGCCACCGGCAUGAGCAUCAGCAGCGAGGACCUCUACCCUGCAGACGCCAGUGUGGUGACGAGGCUGCGCAGAGGCAACAGCUUCAAGACCCUGAGCUCCUUGGCAGUGGGCCACAGUGGCUUUCACCCCCAGCAGAGCUUGGUCACUUUGGCCUGGCUAGUGUCGCCCUUCGAGAAGUUGACGGAGCCGACACUUUGGCCGGUACGGAAGAAGGCAUGGAUGUUGUACCAGAAGGGCCAGAAAGAAUGUUGGUACCUGCAGCAUGUGGCCGCCAGCGUCGAAGGCGUUCACUUGCAGCGCUGUGAGGAAUUCGUGCGGAAGUUUCCGGAGGUCCUCAACGAUGAGAACCUGGCGUUUCCUCACAGCGUGAUUCCCUUGCAGAUGGGCAUUCAGAGUUGUGGCCGUGUCUUUGUGGCCAACUGCCCUUGUAACACUACCCUGGAGCAGUAUUUUGCUGAUUGCAGAGAAUCUAAGAAGGAUCAGCACCUUAAAAAGCUUUUGUUCAAGGUGGGGGAGCAACUCUCCAAGACCUUGUCCAAGUAUCGCUGCUCCGACCCCAACGGCAACGGCCCGAACGGCCCCGCCACGGCCGGGCGAGCGGGGCUCCGUCCCAGCUGCGUCUUAUACGACGCGCAGCGUGACGUGAUCACCUUUGCGGAUUUCGUUUGGAGCGAUGAACUCCACGGCAUGAGCUGCGUGGAUCGCCUGUGCGAGGCCCUGCGGCCCUUUGCCGACGAGCGCUACGCCGAGGAGCUCCGCGCCGGCUACGCCAAGACGGCGCGGUGCCGCGGGCGACGCGCGGACUGCUCCGGGCAACAGGCCUGCUUCGCAGCACCUUGCUCUCCCAGGAGUGAGUGCAGUGAGGACUCCGAUGGCCAAAUGGCCAGGUCCAAUCUUUGUCCUACCAUGUGACGUGGACCCGGAGAGAUGUGAGAUCCUCCAGGUUCCGAAUUCAGAACUCGAGGAGGUUGGGACCCCACGUGCUCCCCCGUGCUCGGAACUCGGCUCCGAACUCGCCGUUUCAGGGUUCUAAGAGCUAAGUGGUGCCUUUUUUUGGACAGGGGGGUCUCAUGGGGUCUCCAGCAAGAACUACAAAGUCUUCAAGAAGAUCAUGCUUGACUUUCAUGACCCUCAUUUCCUCUUGGUCGGGACUGCGCACCCACCUAAGGUUUGGGUUGUGUCAGCGCCCAUGCAGCGGAAUUUGAUGCCAGUCACUGCGGAUGGACGACAUCCUGAGCCUGCCAGUGAUUGACCAUAUUCCAUAACAUUCCUGCUUAUCGCUACGGGACCCC